UCGGUGCCAAGACUCUUCUUCUUCUUCUUCUUCUUCGUUGGACGCAGCGCACUCUGAAGCGCACACCGGCUCUUUUUUUUCUUCUCAUUCUUUUUUUCCCCCCAUUCAUUCCAAAGUUUCGCUAAAUAAACUCGGAAUAUUUCUUGGAAGUAAAACACAAAAAUGACCUGACAGAUGAAGUAAUAAUAGUAGUAGUAGUAGUAGUUGGCUCUAACCAGAAGCUCUGGUGAAGGCGGUGAAUGGGCGGCUGAACGCCAGCGCCGUGCGUUAAGAGGAGCAGGUGGAUGGAGACGCUGCCGGGAUGCAGCUUUGCAGCAGCGGUUGGACUCUGUGCUCGCUGCUGAGGGACAUCUCGCCGCUGUGGACAUGAUAUGAGGAUGAAGUUUACUGUCUAAAAAAUCUAUCUUGCUCUUUCACCACAUCUCUACAGCUGGGAUGUGAUACUUGUGGUUCCUCGUGCAUGAAAACCCAGAGCACCGAGGCCUCGGACCCCGAACUCUCAAACUCCCAGUGGCCCAGGCCUAAUGUAACACCUGAGGUCCCUCAACCCCUAUUUCUCUUAUUUAAUAUCUACUGUCUCUGAACACCUCACCAUUUUUUAGAUGUUAAGAAUCCUUUGAUUCCCUUGAACCCUCUCCGCCAUCAUGGCCUUAGAUCAGUGGCCCUUCCUCUCGACUCCCCCCAACACCUCCAUCCCCGAGCCCCUCCUGUACGACAGCUACAUCCAAGGGAAUGAGUCCGACCUGGAUCUGAACAUCUCAGAGACCAGAGAGCCUCACCAGGACAAGACCAGCUCUGUCGUCAUCACCUUCAUCUACUUUGUGGUGUGUGCCGUGGGGCUCUGCGGCAACGCCCUGGUCAUCUACGUCAUCCUGCGUUAUGCCAAGAUGAAGACGGUGACCAACAUCUACAUCCUGAAUCUGGCGGUGGCAGAUGUUCUGUGCAUGAUGAGCCUGCCGUUCAUCGGCAUGCAGCUGGCACUGGUGCACUGGCCCUUUGGAGAGGCUCUGUGCAGGGUGAUCAUGACUGUAGACUCUCUCAAUCAGUUCACCAGCAUCUUCUGUCUGAUGGUGAUGAGCAUCGAUCGAUACCUGGCUGUGGUCCACCCUAUUAAAUCCACAAAAUGGCGGAAGCCCCGUGUAGCCAAGCUAAUUAACCUCACAGUCUGGAGUGUGUCGCUGUUAGUCAUCCUGCCAACCAUGAUCUUCAGCGGCCUGGACAAGGUGCCAGUGUGUGGCAUCGUGUGGCCGGAGCCUCAGGACGUCUAUUACACAGCCUUCAUAUUCUACACCUUUUUCAUCGGAUUCUUCCUGCCCCUGGCAGUCAUAUGUCUGUGCUACCUGCUUAUUAUAGUCAAGGUGAAGUCUUCUGGCAUGAGAGUGGGUUCCACCAAACGCAAACGUUCAGAGCGUAAGGUGACACGGAUGGUGUCCAUCGUGGUGGCGGUGUUUGUCCUCUGCUGGCUGCCGUUCUACGUUUUCAACGUCACCUCCGUCACCGGCUCCAUCAACCCCACCUCUGCUGUGAAAAGCACCUUCGACUUCGUCGUGGUCCUCGGCUACGCCAACAGCUGCGCCAACCCCAUCCUGUACGCCUUCCUGUCGGACAACUUCAAGAAGAGCUUUCAGAACGUUCUGUGCCUGAAAAAGGUGGCAGGCCUCGACGAGAUAGAGCGCAGUGACAGCAGGAUGGACAGGAGCAGAACGGUUAACGACGCAGUAAUCAUCAACGCCAACUUGGAGACUCACAAUGCUGCCCUGCUCAAUAACGAGCUACAGACCAGCAUCUGAGGGUGAAGGAGCAGCAGUCACAUCCAGGGAAGCCAGUGCACUGCGAGUGACCCCUGCUCAAAGAUGCGGGGGCAGGAGGAUGAUGUAAUAGCUGCUGCUCAUGGACACUGACACAUGAACAAAGUCUAAGUGAAAAAUAAACAAUUUCUUAAGGGUUUUCAAAGGUCAGGGAAAGUACACUGACUCCAGCUCAAAACUCUUGAUAUUUGGGUUAAUGAGGUAACUCGAGCUGGUUAGCCCUGAGGUGAAGCAACACUGAAAGGAUUUUCAACACUGUAGAGACAACAGUUGUUGAAAUCAGACAUAAAUGAAACUGCCCCUCAUGCUCACCAGCUGGGCCUCUAUCAAGUUGUCAGAAAACACGCAGACUGAACCACAAUCGAAACGAGACGCAGGAUCAGGGAGCGGACUGCUGUGGAGCCACUGGGGGGAAACAGUUCACCCACGGUGGAGAGAGUUUUUUCCAGAGCUAAGAGGGUUCGACAUUGAUUUGUCCGAAUGUGAAAAUACUACUGAAGAAGUCGGCCAAACAUUUCCAGCUAGCACUGCAAUUCUCUAGACUUUGAAAGAGAAAAAGCAACCAACAACCCCAAAGACGAAUACGGUCAUGUUUUAUUCAUACAAGCUGAUUAGUCUGGUCUGACACAUCGACGCGGCAACAAAAUGGCAAACCCCUGCAAACAUAAAUACCCACAAACAAAGGAUGCUCUUUCCCCUCACUAGCUGGCACCUCUGUUGGAGGUGCAUUGAUCCGUAAAUGCUUGAAUUUAACAUCUUGGGUUAUUGAUUAAACGGAAGGACGGAACAAUGUCGCGGAAGCCACUCUGGCCUUGCUCAGUUCAUAACAACAUGACUUUGUAUAUAGGAAAUGGUUUUCUGUCUACGUCUGUGUGUGUGUGUGUGUGUGUGUGUGUGUGUGUGUGGGGGAGUCUACACAUGGACGACUUCAUGUCCCAACCAAAAUGAUUUCAAAGCCAAACCCUGCUGUAAAAUUCUGUAUUGUUGUGAUAUGCACCAAGAAUAGCAUCGAAACUAUGUUUGUGAAACCAUCAUGUGUACUUUAUGCUUCACUGUGUCCUGGUCUUUACCUCCCCACCGGUCUUUAACCCCCCCCCCGUGCCAGUGAUGCAGUUAUAAAGAGCCCAUUUCUACUUCUUGUAAAGUGCUGUGUUUGGACAUUGUAAGAUUUCCUCCUGAUUUCAUGUUGAGAUGUGGUCACCGUCCUCAGCUGCACAUCUGGUUCGCUUGCAAAAAUGUCUAACUUUCACAGAAGGCAGGAAAAUGUGUCACUUUGUCCAAGUGGAAGGGAGAGAGGGGAAUACGGAGAUUAUAGAAAGAAAGAAAGAAAGAAAGUAAAGUUUGUGUAUUUGUUUAAAUCCCAUUACAACACACUCACAUGUUGUUACAAGCCCUCUGAUGGAUGUAUUGGAGGUUGCCAGUUCUUGGGAAACAAUGACCGACAGCAGCUGGUUUCAUUUCACUCGCGUAUCUACACAUCAAACUGCAUCUCUGUGCUGUCGUGACAGAUAACUGAUCGUUUCACUAUUGAUUGAUUAGUGCGUUUGGUUGACUUCAAAUUCAUAGUAAUUUUCCAGCUCAACUUGACAGAGUCUUGAGUUUAUGGGACGUGAAGUACAAAGUCCAUGGCCCGGUACCCCACACCUACCACCCUCUGUAUAUUAUGUAUGUACCAACCAUUACUCCUGUGAUGGAGUAACACCAACACAUCCCAAGUUUUAUGUGCCAGUUUGCGAUAACUUGAUUUUAAGUAUGCCUCAUAUUAACACAACAUGAACUCAAAUACUAUAUUUCGACAUUCGGGGCAUUUUUUUUAAAAAAAGACUGAGCCACAAGAUUAGCUAAUGAUGCGGGAAGUGCAUCCGGCCAUAAUGUAUUUUAGUGGUGUUUCCCACUUCGCCUCUUCUGGAAAAAGACAGACUUUGAUCAGAUUGUACAUAUAAUUUACAAACUUGUGGAUUUAAUGUUACUUUUCACCUUCCUACACCGACUCCUCAUAAAGCACAUUCCCGCCAAGGACAAACACUGCUAAAAUACUGUAAAACAGUAAUGUCAUAAGCAACAUACGUCUGUUUCCACAGUCACCAACAUUGCUGGGGGAUUCAAUGAUGCUUGUUUCUAUGGAUACCAUUCAACACUAUAACCUACACAUACUGGUUCACUGUCAAGUGUUACAAAUCAAGAAAUACAAAAAUCAUACCAUGAACGUGACAUUGACUCACAGCCCUCGACCUUCAAUACACUGAAUGAAAAGUGAAAGCAAUAAGCCGGCAGCUUCAGUGUAGUUAAGUGUGCAUGCAACUGCAGUAUAUCCCUGUACUCUGUGUAUUUAGUGGCUUGUGGUGAGCGACAGGGACAUCAGGAGGACGGAUUGAUUAAUGGAGUAAUCAGUCAAUCAGUGGAAUCAUGGAAAUUCCCAUGUUUUUUUGUUUUUUUUUGUUGUUGUUGUUGUUUGCUUUAGCUUUGGUGUAGCUUAUGCUAAUGGUAUGGAUCAAGUGAAGGCAAUGACAGGCUGUCUGUUGAAAUAUGUCAAAAAUUAUUGGAUGGAGUGCCAUGAAAUUAGGUAUAGUCAUCCACUCUACCCUCAGGAUGAAAUAUAGUCACUUUGACGGUUCCUUUAAUUUUCCCAUAACUUUAUAUCAAGCACAAUCAUCAGGUCAAAUUUUUUAAUUUGUCCAGUACUUUGAUUUACAAGCAAGUACCUGCACAACUAAUGACAUUCCCAUCAGCCCCAGCUGUGCUUUGUGUUUAGUGCUAUAAGAGUUGGGAAGAGGGAAGAAGGCUGGUUUCUUAAGUGUUUUCCCUGUUCCUUAUUCCCAUUUCCUUUUUUUCAUCAAACAAUAUUCUUAAUUUUGCUGAACAUACAAACAGGGGACUCUCCCUGAUGAUGUAAUGGUCCUAUAGGUUUAUGUUAUGGCCACUAGUUUUAAUCAGAGCGAAAGCUAAUUCAAAAUGUGUUGUUACAUUUGAAAACAAAACAAUUUGCUGUAGUUGUUGAAUUCAUUCAAAUUGACCAAGAAAUUAAAAGUAAACUGA